AUGCUGACCUUCGCUCUUGUACUCGGCGUUCUCCCACUCACCCACUCUGCUUCAGUAUCCUCCUCUGCCGCCCAGGCGUUCCUCGGUGUCGGCGGCUCAGGCGCCUGGUGGCCCAUGGACCUGUAUCACUUUCCAGAAGCGACACGUCAGAACCUCUCGGACCUCCUUUUCUCACAAGCUGGGCUGGGGCUCUCGAGCUACCGAUGGAACGUCGGGAGCGGAGGGGUCAAUGUGUCGAACCCCGUCCGCGCCCCAGAGACGUUCUACAUCAGUCCGGGGGUGUAUAAUUGGUCUGCGGACGCGCAGGGCGUGUAUUUCUUGACUGAGGCGGCGAAGCGGGGUGUGCAGGACCUGACUAUGUUUGCGAAUAGUGCGCCUGCGCCUUUGACGUCGGGUGGUACGAGCUGUAAUAGUCAGUUCGUUAGCGGUACCGGAGCAGCAUAUGGGACUUUCUUGGGUGAUGUGGCUCUGCAUUUCAUUCAAGAGGGCAUAAAGAUCAACUAUAUCUCUCCGAUGAAUGAGCCUGAUAACAACUUUGGACCAUCUCCGUGUGGUCAGGAAGGAAUGAGAGUCGCUCCGACUCAACGUGCAGAAGUUGUCGAAGGUCUUUACAAUGCUCUCAGUUCCAGAGGUUUGGCAUCAUCAGUCGGAAUCCUUGCCGACGAAUCUUCAUCUCUUAGUCUUGCUACGAACGAAUAUGCAUCUUGGCUUCCUCAAGUCAUCGACAAGGUCGCCGCUUUGGUACACCACACCUACGACUUCCCCUCUGACUCUAGUUAUCGCUCCUAUAUUAGUACUACCAGCAGCCGCUAUCCUGGUAAAGCUACAUGGAUGUCUGAAAUCUGCUGUUCACUCGGGCAAGCCAAUGGCAACGGAAGAGGCUGGUCAGGAGGAUAUGAUCCUACGAUCAACAACGCUCUCAUGUUCUCGGGAUUAAUGUUCCAGAGCUUUGUCUUGGCUCAAGAACCCCACUACGACUUUUGGACCUUGGUAUCAAAUCAACUGGGAUGCUCUCCGGUCACAGAUCCUAGUUGUGUACUCCAACCCAAUUCAAAUGGAUGGACUGACGGUGUCAUUUACUACGACGGCUCAUACGCGUCCAAUGGAAAUUACAACCUCUAUAUCGCGAAACAUUUCUGGACAUUAAAACAUUUCGGAAAUUUCGUGAAACCGGGUAGCCAACGCCGUCCCAUUGACAACGACGCCAGCCUAAAUUCUAUGGCCGUGUCUACAGCGAGCACGUAUUAUAUCCUCGCCAUGAACCCGAACAGUGCCAGCAGCACGCUGAACUUGACGUUCCCCGAUGCGGUAUGCGCUACGACCGCGUGGCGCACAUCUGCUAGCGAGGACUUUGUUGAGGUCGAUGCUGCGACACAGAAUGGCGACGAAUGGAUCUUACCCUUGACUGCAAUUAGUUUGACGACUUAUAUCUUCGAUAGGAAUGCGUGUUAG